GGAAGAUCUUUACAAUGGGCAAGGUCCACGGCUCACUCGCUCGCGCCGGUAAGGUCAAGAACCAGACCCCCAAGGUCGCCAAGCAGGACAAGAAGAAGGCCCCUCGCGGCCGUGCACUUAAGCGCUUAAAGUACACUAAGCGCUUCCUGGCUAAGACCCUGAAACCUGGCGAGAAGGUGCACAUGAAUAAGCAGCCGCCGGGUAAGGCUGGCUAAGGCAGAUAAAUCUUCCAGUAUUUUUUUGUUAUUUAUGUAUUGACACAUAUAUAAUAUACCCCCUUAUUUGAAA